GCCACAUGGAAUAGCUUGUGUAAAAGACUCCGCCCAUGGGGUGUGGCCCAUGAUCCCAUCCCACUUGCCAUUGGUUUUUUAUCCCAUUGGGGAUUUGGUGUUGAUACCAAUGCCGGGGGUUCCCUAGAUCAGUGUCACUUCUGCAGCAUCCGAAACCGCGCACGCGUCUGCAUCUAAAAUUCGAAAAAAUCAUCACCAAAAAUUCAUAAUUCAUCUUCAAUCAUUUAUCAUCCAGUGAAUCCAGUGAUAAUUCGACAGUGACAGUGAUCAAUUAAAAAAUAAUCGGUGACGAUUGAUUGGGAUUUCGUUUUGUUGUUCAGUGAAAAAUUAAUAAUGCUAGGCGGUUACGAGGCACAAGCGGAUUAUUAUCCGCAGUGGCACCAGCCGUAUGAUUACAUUACGCAAUUACCGUAUGGUCACAUAAACAUCCCAGAUGCGGACAGUCAAUCAACCUAUUGGGGUGGUGGUGACUCCGGAAUAUCGGGCGGUUCCUCAGGUGCAGGUAGUCCAGCGGCAUCAACACCACCUCCAAUAAUCGAAGAAAUCGGUAUCCAAGAUGGAGUUUACAGCUCUCCAGUGCAGCAUUACUCCCCACCGGUGCACCAGCCAUAUCACAACAUCCCUUAUCAGCACCUCCAACAGCCCCAGCAGAUGCCACACCCCGUUCCCCAGGAAAUGGAUCAGAAGAGCAGAUCAGCGGAAUAUGGCAGCUCGUUGCACCAGAUGACGGUUACCGGUAAUUCCACCCAUUUUCAGAUGAAUCUCCAACAGCAUCUGGCGUCCAGGGUGGAAAAUGGCGUCGUCAUCAGACCGAAGAGGCGAAACACUGCCAAUAAAAAGGAGAGAAGGCGAACGCAGAGCAUCAAUAAUGCAUUUGCCGAUCUCAGGGAUUGCAUUCCUAAUGUUCCUGCUGAUACCAAAUUAUCCAAGAUCAAGACCCUCAGACUCGCUGCGUCGUACAUUGGGUAUCUCAUGGCGGUUCUUGAUAGCGAUGAGGGAGAGGAACCGCAGACUUUCCGGGCGGAAAUACUAUCCAACGGGCGACGGAACAAGUCCCAACAAAUUACGAACGAGAUGUGCCAGUCCUUGGAGAAUUACCCGAACGAAGAGCUAUCGAAAGGCAAAGGACGAACUGGAUGGCCCCAGCACAUGUGGGCCCUCGAGCUCAAGCAGGAGACGUCAUCCACAAAUCCGUCGACGGCGACGUCAGUUCAUCAGUUACAGUAAAUACCUCCCCCUUUGAUUCAUCAGAAAAAAAAACUAGCCGUUCAGUACGCGCGUUGGAAUGAUUUAUGAUUUUUUUCUGAUCGCGUUGAGAGAAAAAUUGGAUCUGCCGAAAAGACGAAUGUUUACCUGUAGAGAAUUCACUGUCUCGAGAUUAUUUAUCCGGAGGAAAAAUGUUCGGCUGUCAAAAAAUGAUAGUUGCCACUUGAAAAUAGAGAAAUGGUAUGGGAAUGUAUAUUUCUGGAUUUCUUUUUGUCAGUGGGUUAUUUUAAUUUGCAAUUAUUCGAGGUUGAAUUCAAUUUCAAUUAAAAAUGGGAAUUGAAUUUAUGAGUUAUCUUGAGAAUUUAAGAGAAUUGGUUUGAUGUUGACGGAUGAUUGAUUUUUCAAUGAAGACUUGAAUUUUCAAUCUUUUGACGGUUUUUCAUUGCCAUGUGGACCUGGAAAUUGAGAAUUAUCAGAUUAUUCAUGAAGUUAACUGAUUCGUCAAUUAAGCAUUCUCCAGAAAUUUCAUAUCCCUUUGUUAUUGUUAAAAUUUUAAUGUUUUUGAUUGGAACUUCAAGUGUAAUUUUCCAACAAUGUACUUCAUUCAGUUCUACACCCCAAAAUUUUCUCGUCCCAAGAUUAUUAUUCCCCAGGAAAAAUAUUCAGCUGUGAAAAAUUGAUAGUUUCCACUUGAAAAUAGAAAAAUGGCGUGUGAAUACAUAUUGUUUCGAGUAAAACGCCAAGAUUGAAAUAUCAUGAUAAAUAAUAAUAUGUUUGACUGAAAAUUGAAAAAUUAUCGCCGAAGCAGAAGUUUGAGGUGACAUUUUAAUUUGCGGUGAUAUUCUUGUUGAAUUAUCAGAAGAGCCAUUCCCUCAGCUAAAAUACCACUGUACAAUCUCACCUGCGACUUUCACUAUUAUUAACUAUAUUAUUAAUUUGUCCCCCGCCAUUGAUAGUUCCUCAGUGAUAAAUCAAACAGAUAUCGAUGCAACAAAUUAUUAAUCUAUGAUCAUAAAACAAUACAUCCACUCUACAUAUCUCAUCUCAUCCCACCAAAUAAAACACUUUCGGCAGAGCCCAUUUUUUCUCUGAUAAAUUACCUCUUCAAACUGGUAAAUUACCUGUUUCAAGCCGCAAUGUGCAGAUUAUUUAGCCAGCACUCGAAAAACCCCAACCAAAA